AUGGGAGUUUCUAAGAAGGAUGGGGGUUUGGGUUUUAUAGACCUGGAAUCUUUUAAUAAAGCCAUGUUGGCUAAGCAAGUAUGGAGAGUUCUCAACAAUCCAAAUUCCCUGGUUGCUCAACUCCUAAAACAGAAGUAUUUUAAGAGGGGUUCUAUCCUGAAUGCAAAGAAGGGGACUAAUUCAUCCCUGGUGUGGCAGAGUCUAUGGUCAUCUAUUGAAUUGAUCAAGGCAGGAAGUUUAUGGAGAGUGGGGUCGGGUUCUAGUAUCAGUAUUUGGAAUGAUAAGUGGGUUAAGCAUGCUGUGCUGUUACAACCCAACCUUCCUGUUCUUGGUUCUAGCAGGGAUUCAACUGUUUCUGAGUUGAUUGAUGAAGGGGAAUGCAGAUGGAAGAAGGAAGUCCUGGACCAAUUAUUUCAUGAGGAAGAUGUGGAGAAGAUCUGUCAGAUUCCCCUAAGCAAAACUGGGACUUAG